UUAGGAUCAGUGAUGUCAGCGGUCGAGCUUCCCUUGCUGCACUUCCUCUUAUGCUUAUUGCACUUUCAGUGAACGGUCCUGUGGAGGGAGAGGCUGACAGCCUCAGUCAUCAACCAUCAGGAUGUUUGUUCUCAUCUGGGCGACUCUGCUUUUCUCCGUGUGGGGCAGCGAUGCCGUCACAGGUGAAUCAGUGGGAGAAACAACACGCUGUUACAAAAGAUUCUGUAUCACUUUCAGAAAAGGAGAAAUCACAGCAGAGGCUGGACUCUGUGUUGUGAUACCGUGUUCUUUCACGACUGGUGAUGGAUUUACACCCCAACAUAUGGUGUGGUUCAAAUGUGAACCAUCUAAAACCAGAUGUGGAGACGUAGACAUUAUAUUCCACACUAACAAGAAUAACAACAAAGUUCAGUCUGAGUUCUUAGGACGAGUUUCACUGUUGGAGCCUGACGUGAUGAAGAGGAACUGCAGCAUCAUCAUCAAUAACCUCACUGAGUCCGACUCUGGAACAUAUCAACUCAGAGUUAAUGGUGUCAAGUAUUGGAGAGAAGACGGAUUUACAUUCUCUACAAGAGCAACUGUCUCUGUUAAAGCUCUUACCCAGAAGCCCUCAGUGCUGAUUCCUCCUCUGACUGAGGGGCAGAAGGCCACACUGACCUGCACUGCUCCUGGUCUCUGCUCUGGUUCUGAUCCAGAAAUCACCUGGAGGUGGAGAGGAGCAGGAGAGAAGGACUCUCACAUCACAGGAAACAUCACUGGUGUCACACAGAGACGCAGUUCAACGUUGACCUUUAACCCUUCAGCUGAACACCACGGCACCAACAUCACCUGUAAGGUCAGCUUCACAAGCAGCAUCACUACAGAGGAGACAGAGACUCUGAAUGUGGACUAUGUGAAGGACCUUAGAACAACUGGGAAUACAAGCGUGGAGGAGGGCGAGACUCUGAAUCUGACCUGCAGUGUUGAAAGUUUCCCUCCAGCUCUCAUCACGUGGACAACGUCUUCUGAGACAAACAGGCACAAUGAGACGGAGAGGACUCUGCAGAACGACACUGAGUCCUUCAUGCAGACAGGAAGUGGAACGAACACUUUGUCCAUCUCUAACGUGACGGCAGACGCUUCUGGGAAAUACAUGUGCAGAGCAAAAUAUCUGAAUAUAACCCUGGUGAAGAGUGUUGAUGUAAAAGUCAUAUAUAUGAAGGAACCUGUCAUCACUGGUCGUACGACUGUUGAGGAGGGAGAUGCUCUGAGUUUAACCUGCAGCAUUGAAAGUUUUCCUCCCUCUCAUAUCACAUGGACCGUUGUCGGCUCCAACACAAAGCUGGACCUUGGACCUGAGAAGGCCACCGGAUCGGCCACACUCGUCCUCCCUAAUGUGGCGACGGGGGGCUCUGGACGGUACAUCUGUACAGCACAACAUCUGGACAAGACUGUGACGACGUAUGCAGACGUGACCGUGACUUGGUUUUCGAAAAUCUUGAAACCCUCUGGGUGUGAGGUCCAGUCGGGGGUCCUGACCUGUGUGUGCGCCAGCGAGGGGUUUCCCUUGCCCACCAUCGAAUGGCCGCUGUUGAAGAACCACAGCGAGUACUCUGUGAUCACCGCUGUGUCCGACCACGCGGUCAACAGCACCGCCACUCUAACCGUAAAAGACCACAACGCCACUUCUGUCGAGUGUGUCAGCAGCAGUGGGAAUGUGGAAGCAAGAGAAAAGCUCAACAUCAGAAUAAACACUUCAGAACAAAAGGGAACUCCCAUCCGACUAGUUUCAUGGCUGGAAAUCAUCAUUGCCUUCUUGCUUGGGGUUCUGCUAUCAGCACUUCUUUGCUGUUUGACCACAAAAUGCCACAGAAAAAUACAGAAGAUCUCUAGAAAUCUGGACGAGCCUCUGGAGAUGGGGACCAGUCCAGCUCAUCCACUGAUAAAUGCUGGUCAAUCAGUCGAAGAUGACCAGACCUACUACCAAGAGUUCGCUAAAGGAGAAGAAGAAGUGGCAGAGCAAGCAGCCCCUGAUCUCAAUGGCGGACGGAUCGAUGUGCUGUACGCCAGCAUCGAUUUCUCCGUGUUGAGAAGAAAGAAUCCCAAGGAGGCAGAAAAGAAGCAACAAACACCAGAGACGGAGUAUGCUGAGAUUAAGAGAGACGUCAAAGAGAAAACGGGAAAAAAUGGCGGAGAGGAAGGCGAUGUGUUGGAGAGGGCGACGCUCAGGGAGGAUGACGAGACAACACGUGUUUCUAGAGAGGACGACGGGGAGGACGCUGAGGUGUACUCCAACGUGAAGGAUAUUAUGGCUGAGACUUGAGGACUGCUGCACUGAGGAAAGAGUUUCUUUACCCUCGUGGAUUGUUAUCCCAGUGAAUGAACGCUUUCUAACAGCUGGGCUCUUCAAACGUUCAGCCUGUGGUGGUGAACUGAAGGGACGCGUCACUCCUCCUCCGCCUGUUGAGGUCUGUGCAAAUCCAUUCAUUCAACUGAGGACUGGAAGUUGGACAAAGUCGGCAUUCGAGUGCGUUCGUGCUUCAAUGUGUUGACUUUUCAUAUCGGUCCAAGAUUAGUUGAACAACAAUGAAGCCGUCGGCUCCUCUGGAGUAUAAAGAGACGAGCAGCUCCGUCCUCUCGACUUGUGAGAGCUGAAGUGUGCUUUGGAUACACAUUUGAAGUAAUAUUGGUCCACGUCUGCGCGUAUACGUACGUGCACGCAAACAUUUCACAUUAUGCAUAUUGCAAAAAUUAUAAUAAUUAUGAAAAUAAUAAAAUAAAGGUGUGUGGUUGUACUGUUUUAGCCUUUAUAAUCACUUGUUCCUGUCUUUAUUUCUGCAUAUCUGUCUAUGCUGGUGAAGAUCACUAUUGCAGACGGAACCGACCUAGCAGCUGGACAUCCUCCUACAUGCAUAUAUAUGUAUAUGUGUAAAUAUACACAUUUAUAAAAUAGGGUGCAGUCUGGUAGUUUAUGAAUCCCACAUCUGCAUCAGCUGUUGACAUUUCGUCAAAUCGGUUCCAUGUCAUACUUUAAAGAAUAACUUUUGUAGAUGACCCGUGGAGCUGUCUAACUCAGACAGCUGAAACUUCAUAUUAACUUCAGCUGAAUUUAAUGAUGCAUGUUUUCACAGAAUGAGGACUGCAGAUUUAGUUUCCAUCUAUUGAACUGGAAUUUAAUCUGGAUGGGAUUCUUCAAGGAAACUAUUGUAGGAAUGUUUAUGUUCAUAUGCAUGUUAGUUUGGGAAAAAAGGACUCUCCUCUAAACUGGUGUGGAUUUUUAUGCAUUAAUUUAAAAUAAAAUAUGAAAAGUUGUUGAACUACAAAUUGCAGAUUAGUACGCCCUUUAUAAUAAAAAUUAAUGUUUUUAGCUUU